AUGUGAUUAAAAGUGGCAUGUCCACAAAAUACGUUGACACAAAAAAUCGGUAAUUUAAUCCAAUUUAUUUUCCAUCUGUGGAAAUUGUGAAGAAGUCAAAUUCUGAAUCUCUCUAUUCUCCUAUCCCAUCCUUCUUCUUUAUAAGACUUUUGAGUGCCCAUAAAUUGGGGCAGGUCUCUUAACUAAAUACUUCAUUUCUUAGUUUCUUUGACAAAGUUUAGCAUUCAUUUCACUUCAUUUCUUUGCUUCAUCCUAAUUAUUUGUCGGUGAUAUGGCUGAUCAUUCAUCAAGCAAUGGAAACCAUGAAACGGUUUUGAAUGUAAAUGGUGAUGCCUCCCAAAAUUGUGAUGAGUCAUGCAUCCAAGACUAUGUGCCCCUUUUGCAGAAGUUGGUAGCAGAGGUGGUAGGGACGUACUUCUUGAUAUUUGCAGGGUGUGCUGCUGUUGUGGUGAAUCUUGACAAUGACAAAGUAGUAACACAUCCUGGGAUCUCAAUUGUUUGGGGCCUCACUGUUAUGGUUUUGGUUUACUCUGUUGGUCACAUCUCUGGUGCUCAUUUCAACCCUGCUGUCACCAUUGCUCAUGCUUCCACCAAAAGGUUCCCGGUUAAGCAGGUACCGGCUUAUAUACUAUCUCAAGUUCUUGGAUCAACCCUUGCAAGUGGAACUCUUAGGCUUAUAUUCAAUGGCAAAGAAAACCAUUUUUCAGGAACACUUCCAACUGGUUCUGAUCUCCAGGCAUUUGUGGUCGAAUUCAUAAUCACUUUUUAUCUUAUGUUCGUCAUUUCUGGAGUGGCCACUGACAAUAGAGCGAUUGGUGAGUUGGCCGGACUUGCAGUUGGAUCUACUGUGCUUCUAAAUGUUAUGUUUGCCGGGCCAAUUACUGGAGCAUCAAUGAAUCCUGCAAGGAGCUUAGGGCCUGCUAUUGUGCACCAUGAAUAUAGAGGAAUAUGGAUAUAUUUGGUAUCAACAACUCUUGGUGCCAUAGCUGGUACAUGGGCAUAUACUUUCAUCCGCUACACAAACAAGCCAGUGCGUGAAAUUAGUAAGAGUGCCUCUUUCCUUAAAGGAGUACAAAAUGGUGGAGCUAAGUGAUUUAUUGAAGCUUUGCAUAUCUUCAAUUUCAAUUUUUGAAGAUCAUUAUUUGUUUCAGUUUUGUAAGCAGAAUAUCUCUAGUUAAUUUACAUUGGCAAAUAACUAUGUAUGUAGUAUACAUAACUAGAGGAAAUGGUACAACUUUUAUCUACUCAUCUACCAUGAUAUUUACUUUAUGUUACGGUAUAAGUUUUAUGCAAAAUCGAUUUUUUCAUCGAA